UGGUGCGCAUGCGCGCCCCGAGAAGAGCGAGACAGUGUGUGUGACUCGCCGCGCCCCUCUUCCCCUCCUUCAGUCGGGUUCCAGCCGUUGCUGAGGCGGCUUCCUGCCUCCUCUCUUCUCUCCGCGCGGGCUCAGGGCUUGCUCUUGACGCGCCCUCAGACCCUGAGGACCAACCCCCUCCCCUUCUCCGCCUGUUGCCCCCUCCCGCCUCCUUCACACUCUUUUCACUUCUUUCUGAAGGCGCCCCUCGCCGCCAUGAACCCCAGCUGCGCCCGCUGCGGCAAGAUCGUUUACCCGACCGAGAAGGUGAACUGCCUCGAUAAGUAUUGGCAUAAAGCAUGUUUCCACUGUGAGGUCUGCAAGAUGACCCUCAACAUGAAGAACUACAAAGGCUAUGAGAAGAAGCCAUACUGCAAUGCACACUACCCGAAGCAGUCCUUCACCAUGGUGGCAGAUACUCCUGAAAAUCUGCGUCUUAAGCAGCAGAGUGAGCUUCAGAGUCAAGUCCGCUACAAGGAGGAGUUUGAAAAGAAUAAAGGGAAAGGCUUCAGUGUGGUGGCUGACACCCCUGAGCUACAGCGAAUCAAGAAGACUCAGGAUCAAAUCAGCAACAUAAAGUACCAUGAAGAAUUUGAGAAGAGUAGGAUGGGCACACCUGGUGGGGAAGGAGGGGAGCUGGAACGCCGUAACUCCCAGGAGGGUGCCAAUUACAGGAGGCCAGUGGAGCAACAGCCACAACCACACCAGCAACCUCAUCAUGCCCAGCCAACGACCCCUGUUUACCACCACCAGCCACCUCAACAACCAGCCUCUCAGUCCUAUGGCUACAAGGAACCAGCAGCCCCUGUCUCAAUACAGCGUAAUGCUCCAUCUGGAGGAGGGAAGCGAUUCCGUGCGGUCUAUGAUUACAAUGCUGCCGACGAGGAUGAAGUCUCCUUUCAGGAUGGUGACACUAUCAUCAAUGUGCAGCAGAUUGAUGACGGCUGGAUGUAUGGCACCGUUGAGCGGACCGGCGACACGGGCAUGCUGCCAGCCAACUAUGUGGAGGCUAUAUGAGUCCCACACCGGUGCCACCCUGAAAGCAAGCAGGGGAGGGGGUCUCAUGUGCUUCUUGUUCCAUUAUCCCUUCUCUGCUGUCUCUCGUCAAACAUCGUUACUUUGUUCUGAAGCUCUUACAUGGUCAUCAUUAUUCUUCUGCCAACAUAGCUUUGUUUUGGAGGCAUUUGAACUUGGAGUGGGUGUCUUUUUGUUAUUAUCAAAUUAGACUUUUCUCAAAGACCAGCUGUCCUCCCAUUCUCUCCUUCAGAUUUCAUGGAACAUGGCACUCUGUCCCUCUUCUUCCCCAAGAACUACCAUUUGAGGAAUCGAUUGGCUAUAGAACAAAACUUCCUUAACCUGCUACAGCGAAUGGAAGUAGUGUAGGGCUGAAGGGCAGGGACCAGUACUAUACUUGCUUUUGAGGAAGUCUGGAAUUGUUAAUAAUGUGGGAGAGUCUCCAAUCCAUUUCUGUUGAAAAAAAUUAUCACAGCCCUCUCGUUGUAUAUUGACCUUUGUUCACUUCAAUUAACCUUAUUUUCUAUACACUUUAAAUAUAAAUUUUGACGAGAUUGCAUCAUUUAUUUGAAAGUAGGGAGAACCUUUGGUAGAACUGAGAAAACAGGAUAUAUUUAAAUAGACAAAAUAAUUGCUAGUGUACAGGUACAGAGAAGUUUAGGAGGAAUAAUGAUAAUUCCAUUGAGGACGCUCAGGCCUUAGCUCUUGGGUGCUAUGGCUCGGUAAGGUUAUGUAUCUGCUUAGUUUUCAAGUGGAGAACAUGCACCCGAGGAGAUGCCAUUUGAAGUACAUUGUGCUCAGGACCAAAACUGCUGUCCAAGACUUUGUAGCUAAUGAAUUCCAGUUUGGACAGCUCAAUUUUGGUGCUACCUUAAGUGUGAAGAGCAACAUGCCCUAAACGUAGCUGGCCUCUCUUGCUGCAGUUCCCAAAGUCCCAAAAGUAACUUCAUUGUGAACUUUUGAAGCAGCUUAUGCGACAUUCCCCUAGAGAAUGCCAGUAUAUAUCCCAGUUUAGAAAAAAUCCCUGAUAUUAGUGUCUUCCUUCCUUCCUUCCUUUUUUCCUUCUGAGUCCUAAGUUCUGUUGUCAUCUAAUGUGGGGAAAUAGACAGGCACUUCCUGAAUAACUAAGCAGCUCUAGGCAGAAAAGAAAUCUUUGGGACCAAUUUGUUCCUUUCAGAUUUGUAGGAAAGGUUGACCAUUGUUGAACACGUGUUUUCCUGACUUAAGUGCUGUCAGCCGAAGGCAGGCUAGUAGAUGGCUUCUUCUCCUAUCUUCUUCCUUUUGAGCCAAGCAAUGUUUACAAUCUUUUAUCCUCUGUCUACUGCCCCCAUCCCCAGCCAGUCUGGCAAUUGGGUGAAUUGGGUUAGGGGAACAAAUACCUUGCACUAGAAACAUACCUCUGGUAUCAAGCUGGCAGAUGCUGGCGCUGACUUGGGAUAAUAUCAUGGACCAAAAGCAAUCUCUUUUAGAGUAUUUGCUGUUUAAAAUAGCAGGGAAUUACUAUAUAACUGGAAAAUUAACUGGGGUAGUGUGGAGGCUAGAUAGAUAAUCUGUAGGCAAGAAGGAAAGUCUACACUUACCAUUCUUUCUCUUGCUACUUUUGAAGAGUCACUUAGGUGCUGGCAAAGAAGGGCAAAUCCUAUUUGAGUAAUAGGCAGCUGGCUCCCCAUAGAAAUAUUUCUCAGACUUCAUGUCUCUUACUAAUUUCAAUACAAUGGAAUUGCAGAUCUCUCCAAAUGGAAGUGAUAUCUGGGAAAUAUUUAUAGUAUGUUGAAAUGGAACAUGAGGAGUAGCUCUAUGCCUCUUUAUUUGGACUCUGACCUCAUCAAAGCCAUUUGAACAGGCUGGUGAAUGGACCUGCAGAGGUGGGAUUUUUAAACUUUUUGUUCAUAGGCACACUUGUAGGAAGAUACUUGGAUCCACUGAAUUUCUUCCUGUUUUUAGUUGGUACCCUCUCCAGUGCCUGGGUUAUAUCAGGACCAAGUGGAAACACUCAUUGUCUUCUCAGAUGUUCUGCCAUUCUUGUGCUGCUUUAUCUCCUCUGUUUCCCCCUCCUGUGUAUUGAGACAGCAUAUCAGGGACUAGCAUUCUUUCCCCACAUUAUAUCCACACUUUCUGUGGACUCCGUGGUGCCGAGAAUAACCAUAGGUAAGAUGUAAAAGCACCGGCUUAGACUCUUUACAAGAGGUGCAAAAUAGGCUUACAUUAAGCAAGAGUUACAGAGGACAUUCUCCCUCGGUGUUCAAGCCCAUGUCAGUUGAAUGCCAAGAGAUGCUUCAUUUUGUCAUUCCUGUAAUGUUGUAUCUCUUCAUACCUGGUGGAGUUCAGGACAGUAGGAUCUUUAUCUUAAUCUCACAGGAGGAGUUUCGUGCCCUUAACAGGGUUUCCUUUCCCCAGCUUGAAAAACUCAUAUUCCUGCAGUUUCCCUGAUCACUGGCAGAAUUAGUGACCAAAUAAUCCUGUUCAUAAGGCAGUAAAAGCACAAACAUUUUAUACUCUUUUUUUUCCAUUGCAAAAUAUUCCUAGUCUCCGCUUUUUCCUUUGGACACUUGCACUACCAAAAAAACGGUGUUAAAGGGAGGAAUGCUUCUAUUUCCUUUUUCCCGUUUCAGCACCUCAAAAAGGACCAUUUAUAGAAAUAGAAAGGUUCGUGGGAAUGGCGAUAGCUUUUCCUUAUGACCUGUUUAAGAGGGAUAUAGGUGUCUAGGGACUAGCUAAGCUUUGUGUAAACUUUUAGAUGGUGCCAAUCAUGGUGACUGCUGGGCAAAGAGAGAUCACAUUCUUUUUGGUGCUAAGAUAGGAGCACGAGUCUGGCAGUGGCUAUUUUCUAAAUUAUGAGACAGAGGCAAAAUCAUGUAUAGACAAUCCUUGAGAAGGACUGCAUUUUGUGAGGAAGAUACAAAGUAACAUAAUGUGAAUAAAUAUUUUUAGAGGACCAAAUAAAAUACUCAUUUUGAAGCUCUCCUAGCUUUUUCACCUCUAUCCUGGGAGAAGUGGUUUCUCACUUGCUUGGUUUUUUUUUUCCUGCCUUCUGUGACUUAUGCACUUUUGCCUUUGAUUUUUUUCCAUUAGCUGAAAAGCACCUAAACCUGUAUUUAAAUAAUUAAAAUGUAAAAAAAAGAAAAGAAAGAAAAGAAAGAAAAACAGCUAAAUUGCAUCUGUGUAGCCAUUUUUAUCCAUGUCAAUUCUCUUGUACAUCUUAGCUUUUCAAGCUAGAUAUCAGUGUCUGUUGAUUAGAAUGAUUUUUUUGUUUGUUUGUUUGGAGCAUAUUUGGGGGGUUUCAUUUGUUGUCUUUGUGCGUUUCUUCUUUAUGGGCUUGCAGGCCCUUUCCAAAAGUUAUUUGGCCUUUUUCAGUGGCACCACAGAAUCAAACGUGGCACCAGUUCUCUUCUGGUGUUACGCCAAUUUGAAAAUAAAAAUAUAAUUUUUA